AUGUCAUUAAUACCUGCUAUUCAUUCGUGGAGUUUAACAAAUUAUGCUCGACGAUUAAAUUCGAAUUCAACAUCAAAAAAUGAAUAUUUUUGGUCAUAUCUUGAUGUAAAUCAAACAUCAUUAAAAAUGAUAAUAACACCAACAUUACAAUUGUUGAUAAUAUCAUCAGACCAAUGUAUUGAAGAAUUAAUGGACAUUUGGUUAAUGUUUAACUGUACACAUCUUCAUGUUCAUCGUAAAAGUAUUCUUUUCAAUUAUACAUGGCCACCAACAUCUUCUACAACAAAUUUAACACGUUCAUUUCGUAUUAAAUUUAUCAAUGACAAAGAUCUUAAUCAAUGUUUAAAAUUAUUACGUGAUUAUUUUUCAAUAAAUAUCUAUUCACCAAAUGAUUUUAAUAUUUGUAUUGAAACAAUACAACCAACAAUGUUUCAUUCAUUAUUUUUUAAUGAAACAAAAGAUAUAUUAGCAUUAGAACAAUCAACAACAAUGAAUAUUCGAACAGAUUUUAUACGUCAAUAUCUUUCAACAUGUAUUAUGGAUCCAACUUUUUUUAAUUUUGUUAAUAAAAAUGAACAAUAUUUGAAAAAAAUUUUAAUGGAAAAAUAA